AUGAACGUAGCCAAAAACGUCCUAAUCUUCACAAUCCUCUUCGACGACAUCCCAAUAAUCUACCAAGGCCAAGAACUGCACUUCUCCGGCGCCCAUGACCCCGAUGACCGCGAAGCCCUCUGGCUCUCCAACUACGACACCAACGCACCGCUUUACAAACUAAUAUCCACCCUCAAUACAACCCGAAAGCGCCUCCCGCGUCGAUCUAGAGUACUUAAACACGCCCACCCACCCGAUCUUCAAAGGACUCAGCGAGAUGGCCCUCCGAAAGGGCUGAGAAGGCCGCCAGACAGUUAUGGUUCUGUCGAUGCAGGGGACUAA